AUGGAUGAGGUUAAGGUUCCAAGGAGCUUUAAAUUGCUCGACGAACUGGAACGUGGCCAAAAGGGAUCAGUAAGCGAAUGGGUCUCCUUUGGAUUGGAGCGCCCGGACGACAUCACCCUUUCAAACUGGUCAUGCACAAUACUAGGAUAUCCUGGCACCGCGUUCGAGAACAGGAUAUACUGCCUAGAAGUUUAUUGCGGAGAGCAAUACCCAGAUGUACCACCGGUAGUAAAGUUCAUCACUCGUAUUAAUCUGCCCGGUGUAGACCAGUCAGGCAAUGUCAUGCCAGAUUAUUUCCCAGUGCUCAAGAACUGGAGGCCAAGUAGCUCAAUAGAAGCCGUACUCGUAGAUAUACGCCGUCACAUGGCUGCGCCAGCAAACCGGAGACUACCUCAGCCGGAAGAAGAGGAUGGCGAAAAAGCCGGCAAUGAGGAUGAAAUCCUCAAUUUCUUCUUCUCAGAAAUCGAGUCCAUAAACAAGGCAAAGAGCGAUGCCGACAUCUUAACUUUAAGCGCCAAAGAGCUUUGCUUAAGGCUCACUUCGCAAAGCUUCGCGAGCCCAUACCAAGUCCUGCAGCUCAAACACAACGCCACGGAAGAUGAAAUCAAGAAGCGUUAUCGCAAGAUAUCUCUUUUGAUACAUCCAGAUAAGUUCAAACACGAAAAGGCCCAGGACGCAUUCAACGUCUUGCUCAAUGCAUUCAACGAGAUACAGCAAUCCGAUUCAAAGGAAAAGUAUAAACAAGUCUAUGAAGAGGCUAAAAAGGUUGUAUACAAACGUCACAAGGCUAAUCCCAACGCCACUACGCUGGACCUUAUCGCAGCAGGGGUGCUUGAUAGCGACAUACAAGAAAUCGAAAACGAAAUACAAAGAGAAUGUGAUGCUAUGCUCUGCAAACAACAAGAACGUCGUGAAUAUGCCGAACGUUGCGUAAGGGCAAACAUGGAGUACGAAAAACAACUCGCUGCCGCACAAGUAGAACUGGAGAAACAACAGUUGAAACAUCAAGUCGAAUGGGAUAAGACAAGAGACAUGCGAGUCUCCAGUUGGCGUAAUUUCCAGGGCAAGGUCACAACCAAGGACUUCAAGCUGCAGGCUUUUAAAAUGGUAGAACCCAAGCGAGAGCAAAGAGCAGGUGUGGAUGGAGUAAAACGGGGUACCAUCGCAGAAUCACAGACAGAUCGCAAGGAAAAAAGAAAAAAAAUUGUGCACCAAGAUACAUACAAGGCAAAUUGGCGGUAA